AUGCUGUCCGUCAAGCAAAUAAUCCUAGGUAUCGCCUCUAUCUACCCCUUUACCGGGUAUGACACUCUAUCCCCUGUAACGGUACUCGACCCCGCCUCCAACAUCACCUACAACGGUAUCCGCACCAGCACGUAUGUCGAAGAAUUCCUCAACAUUCAGUAUGCCCACGACACGAGCGGAAACCAUCGCUUUUCGCCCCCAAGACCCUAUACACCCACCGCGAACAGCAUCAUCAACGCCACCUUCCCGGGAGCCGCAUGUCCCCAGCCGCAUAUCCCCCUCCCCGCGGACCCAUACACAGUCCUCCCCAAUGUCUCAGAAGACUGUUUGACUCUCCGCAUUGCACGGCCAGCAGGCACAGGCGCGACGCAAAAUGCGCAAAAGCUCCCCGUGAUGGUCUUUAUCUACGGCGGCGGCAGUACCGUGGGAACAAUCUACGACGGCUCCUACGACCCAGUCGGACUCAUCAGACGAGCCGUUGAUCUUGGGACGCCGAUGGUGUAUGUAGCUAUGAAUUAUCGACUGAAUUUGUUCGGCUUCGCGGAUUCCCCAGCUUUACGCGCGUCCAACUCGACCAACAUUGGUCUGCGGGAUCAGCGCCUCGCGCUUGACUGGGUCAGGAGAAACAUUGCGUGGUUUGGCGGGGAUCCAGACAAUGUGACGCUGUUUGGGGAGGACGCGGGUGCGGUGUUUGCGAGCCUGCAUCUGCUGGCAUCUUCGGACGACGAGAGUCUGCCUGUUCGUCGGGUCAUUGCCCAGAGUGGUGCAGGUACCUCGCUUCCUGGUGUGGCCGGACAUACCAGCGCCAGUAAUUCUCUGGAUGUUGCAAGGAAGAUCGGCUGUCUUGAUUCAUCUGGGACUUCUUGGGAAGAAGUGAAUGCCACCGCGGUGAUAGAGUGCCUGCGAGAACAACCCUUGGAGCUGCUGGUGAACAAGACGUUCGAGGUGGCAUACAAAGUGAGCCCGGGAGAUGGUUUCGGGGCCUUUAUACCUACAGUUGACGGCACGAUCCUGCCUUCAGCCCCCUCGGCGUUAAUGUCAACUGGCCACCUCCUGAAUAAGAGCAUCCCACUCAUCAUCGGCUGGAAUCGCGAUGAGGCGUCACUCCACGUCCCAACAAGCAUAAAGAGUCAAUGGGACAUUUCGAAUCUCCUAGCCGGCAAUUAUCCGUCUCUCAACGAGUCGAGUAUUGCAGACUUGCUCGCCCUUUACCCGGAGUCCGACUAUCAAGUCCAACAUGAGGAGAAGGGAGCACAAAUGACCCCCGCCUGGCAUGCCGCAUCAGCCCUCGUUCGCGAUGUCACGGUGACCUGUCCUUCACUUUACCAAGCCUCGUCGUUAUUCCAGCAUGCCCGCAACUCAAUAGAGGAACCGGAGAUCUAUCUCUAUGAACUGCAACGGACACCCUUCGGCGCGGCUCUCGCGCAACAGGGAAAAGCGUACCUGGGCGUCGUCCACUUCUCAGACGUUCCGUAUGUCUUCAACAACCUACAGAGUAGAUACUAUAUCUCCGACCCGGUUGAAUUAGCGCUCGCAGCUGGGGUGAGUGGAAGCUGGGCUGAAUUCGCGUCGGGACGGCGACCGGGGAGCAAGAGGACUUUGGGAGAGUGGGAGGCUGCCUUUUCCUCAACCGAUAGGGUGCCAAGUCUAGAAACAGCGAGAUACAGAGCGAUUGGAGGGAAAGAUGACGGGAUGCGACAGGUCGGAAAGAAGCUGGCGCGGAGGUGUGAGACGAUCAACCGAUUGGCGGGGGAGUUGAAGACUUGA